CUGCGGAACCCGUCUAGUGGUCCUGACUUUUGUUAUGAUGUCAAGUAGGGCAGUUUGUGCACAAAUGCCACCCUCCCUCAGCAUUUCGCUUGGAAGAUCAUCUCGGCCCAGUGCCUUUCCUGGUCUCAGACUCUGGAUCGCCCUCAGUACUUCCUCAACAGAUGGCACCUCAGACAGCCACUCACAGGGGGUGACUUCCUUCUCCAAUAUUUGAGGCACCGCAGCCUCAGCAGGAUCUUCCCCACUUUGUCUCGCGUUAUUUUCCUGGGUGAGGGGUUUGCCCUCCCCCAGGACCUCACAGAAAUGCUCAGCAAAUCUGAAAUCCUGUUCCUCGGGGUUGGAGAUUGGAUCACCGUUCUUUCCCCUAAUGACGGUAAUAGGUGUGGCGCUGCAGAUAACAUUUUUUAUGGAAUUAAAGAGCGAUUUGUGAUCGCAGGCCACUGAGGCAGACUCCAUCUCCUCAGCAACCCGCGACCACCACCCAUCCUUGCAGCGCUUCACGGCUGUCCAAACCUCCGAGCGAAGGUUGCGAAUCAACCACAUGGAGAAAAGAGGCUCGGCAAAGGCUGGAAGUAAAAGGCACCAAUGCAUCCAGUGUCCAUACAGCACAGAUCAGAUGUGUAACUUGAAGAGACAUCAGACAAAACACACUGGCGAGAAGCCCUUCAAGUGCAGUGUGUGUGGGAAGUCAUUUGCUCGUUCACAAACUCUUACAAUUCAUCAGAGAACACACACAGGCGAAAAGCCCUUCAAGUGCAGUGUAUGUGGUAAGGCAUUUUCAGAGUCAGAAUCUCUUAAGAAACAUAAUAGAACACACACGGGCGAGAAGCCCUUCAAGUGCACUGUGUGUGGCAAGACAUUUGCUCGUUCACAAACUCUUCAUAUUCAUCAGAGAACACACACCGGUGAGAAGCCCUUCAAGUGCACUGUGUGUGGGAAGGCAUUUGCUCAUUCAAACAUUCUUCAUGUUCAUCAGCGAACACACACCGGUGAGAAGCCCUUCAAGUGCACUGUGUGUGGGAAGGCAUUUGCUCGUUCAGUAACUCUUCAAAAUCAUCAGAGAACACACACCGGUGAGAAGCCCUUCAAGUGCACUGUGUGUGGGAAGGCAUUUGCUCAACCAUUAACUCUUCACAUUCAUCAGAGAAUACACACCGGUGAGAGGCCCUUCAAGUGCACUGUGUGUGGGAAGUCAUUUGCUCAUUCAAAAACUCUUAAAAUUCAUCAGAGAACACACACAGGCGAGAAGCCCUUCAAGUGCAGUGUAUGUGGUAAGGCAUUUGCAGAGUCAGCAUAUCUUAAGAAACAUAAUAGAACACAUACGGGCGAGAAGCCCUUUAAGUGCACUAUGUGUGGGAAGGAAUUUGCUCAUUCAAAAACGUUUCGUGUUCAUCAGAGAACACACCAAGUGCAUAAGUCAUACAAGUGCUUGGUGUAUGGGAAGGCAUUGACUCAUUCAAAAUCUCUUAAGAAACAUAAGACAACAUAUUCAGGUGAGAAUCCUUUCAAGUGCACUCUCUGUGGAAUGGAAUUUACAUUAUCAGGAAACUUAAAGAGGCAUGAGAAGAUCCACAAGGAGAAAGUGAAAUCGACUUGUGAAAAUCAACAUGCUGCAAUGAGCCCAUCUCUCAUGAAACACGAAUCAGAAGAAAAUUCCAACUUGGCAACACAGCCAGAAGUGACAGUGAAAUGUGAAGAAGUGAAAUGUGAAGAAGUGACGGUGAAAUGUGAAUAUCAAGAUUCGACUCCAGGACCCAAUCUGCAAGUGGAUGGAGGCAGCGUGAAGCAGGAGGAGCAUUCCGAUUCUGAGGGAGAGAGAGGCAAUCCCCAGCAGUUUGUGGAUGUGGAGGUGUGGGUGGAGUUUUUGGACAAAGCUGAGUAGGAGGGGCCAGAAUGUGUGAAAUGGCACCUUGGAAGACGUGUAACCUGGAGUUUGAGACGAUUUUCCAUAGCAUUCGCCUUAUUCACAGGCUUCUGUCAUUUCAAGAAUGCAUAGGGGUUGAGGUGUUAUCUAAGCAUAGAUGGGCUUUCUGUACAUAUGAAGUUAUUGAGUGUCGAAGUGAAAUAGUGGAUAUGCAAAGCAUUAUGCUGCCUUAUAAAACACGGAUUAGGAAUGUAUUUUGAUGGUUACAUAUUUAAUGAAUAAGUAUGAAUUUUGAACUUUUGGGCAUUACUAUUAAAGUGGCUGUCAUGUGUGGCUGUGCUUUUCUGCAUGCUCCCAGUCUGGUUUUUUUUAUUGCUUUUUAAAUGCCCUUUAGUAAAAGAAAAGGUAACUUUUUGUAAAAUUUACUUUUGGCUUCAUACACUAAAUAUAUGUUUAUGAUAUCAAAAUAAUUUAAUGUCAGGCCUACUUUCUGCACUUGUUUUGCUUUGUCCCUUUGGGUUUCAUUUAAUUGGUCUUAGCCUGAUGUUACUUUUUUAAUUUUACGCUAACAGCAGGGGUCUGCAAAUCUACUGCACAUCCCACUUAAUGGCUAUGGUUUAUAGUGCAGUGUAGUGUCAAGUGUGCAGUGCAUUGUGAAUAGUAUGUUGUAAAUGUGAUGUGGUGAAAUGUGUGUAUGUAUGGUGAUGUAUAGUAUGUGUACAGUGCAUAGUGUAAGAAGCCGUCUUUGGCUUUUCAUGUGACGAAUCGCACGCAAUGUAUCAUUGCACUCAGUUGCGAGUUGCAGUUUAUAGGUGCCGAUUGAGAGUAAAGUUCUGCAUCUUGACGCUGCAUGCCACUUGCAGUGAGGCGUGUUGUGCGCCAUGCAGUUGCUGUAGCUGGUGUGAACUUACCUGUGAUGAAUCGCAUGUGUAAUUGUGCACUCUGCAAUGUUGCUGUAUUUGCUAUGUAGAGCCAGGUGCUGGUGUUUUUUUAUGCGUGUAGGUAAUGUUCAGCAUGCCAUGCCCAACAGUGUGUAGAUUUCAAAGUACCUGUACAGUGAACACCCUCGUUUCAGAUUUGAGGUGGACUGGUGAGAUAUUGCAUUAUUCAAAUAGAAAAUCAAAUAUAACUUGAAUAAAGAUUUUUUUUAUGUUAAUCGAAAGCCAUGGAUUAGGUAAUGUUUGACUGUUGAUUGAGUUAUUGGUGGUGAACAUAUUCACAAUUAAGACGUUGAUACUAUUAAAGUAAAUUUUAAUAUUUCAACAUAAAUUGGUUAUAAUUGGGUCUAGAAAAUGAACACUGGUGCUAAAUCCCAUCAAGAGGUACUGUGCGAAGUGGAGGGUGAUAGGUUUGUGUCUGGUAAUGAUUACAGGUAUGAUACGUUCACGUUUUUCCAGUUCUAUUGUGUUUGCCGUUUUUUGCAGGAAGUUUAAUAUUCGAAUUUCGCCAACCAAAGGCCGACUUACUCUAGCGACUACGACGGGUUUCUCGGUGUCUCGCCCAUUGCCCCCACUGAUGUCCUCUUCUCCCCCCCCCCCCCC